AUGAGUGCUAUCAGGGAUGCCGGAGCUCCUGAAAGAGGACAACAAGAAGCAGAAGAUGCUGAGGCAAUAGACGAGGCGGUCGCUGCCCUAGCACAGCAUGUGAUGGCGAAUCCAGAGCUUCAGGAAGCCAUUGUCCCUCUGCUACCAUAUGUGUCCAGACGAGUGACCCUAACCAAUGAGGAACACCAAUGGGCUGUGGCUAUCAAGAAUGCCAUUGUGCAGACUGGAGAGUUCACCUUGACAGAUUUCUGGUAUGCUCAACUGGCCAUCAUCGACAAGGGUGAUAUGAGGCAGCGCUGGAAAGGGCCUACAAAAUGCAACAUUUUUUGA